GACCCACACAGUCACAAGUUCACAACUCUUAUGGGGUACAGUACCACAGCUGAGUGUUACAGUCCUUAUGCUCUCACACACCUCGGGGAGAAUGGGGGUUUAUAUUUUUGUAGCCACCUCGGAGAUGUUCCUCCUUUAGCUCUUCUCUCCAAGCCUUAGCUCUUAUUCUCUCUGCCUCGGCAAUGGCGGUGCACGGAGGAGCUGUCGUGCUCUUGGGUUUUCUCGUUUUCCUUAAAUUCCAGCGGAUAGUGAUGGGAGGAGAUUGCCCCCUGGACUUAAGUGCGUCAAAUUUUACUUUGGCAGCUUCUGCAUGCUCUAAUAAUUAUGACAGAGGGAAGUGCUGCCACUAUGUCAAUGCCUUUGUUGCAGUUGCUAUGGCUCGUUAUGCCAAUUUGACAAGCAACCUGGGGGUUCCUUCAGAGUUAUCUGAGGUCUGCCUUCAUUUCAUAUCUGGAACUCUAGAACUGUAUGGCAUCCCUCCAAAUGCAACAGUUUUUUGUGCACUUGGUACUAAAAUUCCAGUUAAUUAUGAGUGCGAGGGCCGAACAACUGUUAUGCAAAUGCUGCAGUCUCCAGAGUUUGGUAAUGUCACAGAGAAUUGUAAGUUGCCACUUUCCGUGGAGAGUAGUUGUAGACAGUGCAUAAAUGCUGGCAUUGUAUACCUUCACCACCUGGGAGGAGCUGACAAUAAUAUGACACUUGUUACCUGCCGGGAUGCAACAUUUGCUGCACUUGCAAGUCAAGGUGACAAUGAGUCUGCCAUUGAAAUGGCAAGCUGUUUCUUUGGAGUUCAAGGGCUUAGUAUUCCUUCAGAGCCAUCCCCACCUUCGCUCACACCUGAGGCAUCUCCAAGUACAGUACCUGCUGCCAGCCCCAGUCAGUCCUUAGUUAGAACACCUUUAAUGGAAUAUCAUCACACCAAUCCCCUCAUGGUAAUCGCAGGUGUUGGCAGUGCAGUUACUGUAGUGGCUGUUUGGCUGCUGAUAGUUUUGAUAUUUCUCAUUCAUAGAAAAAGCAAAGAGCUAGAGGAUUCAGAAAGUCCUGACAAGACCUCAUGGAAAGCUUUACCGCAUCGGCUGAGCAGAAAAUGCCAGGAAGGUCCAUCAUCCAAGUUCCGGAAGUUCAUGUAUAAGGAAAUAAAGAAGGCUACAGACAGUUUCAGCAGAGUCAUAGGAAGAGGGGGCUUUGGUACUGUCUACAAGGCUCAGUUCUCCGACGGAUUUGUGGCAGCAGUGAAGCGGAUGAACAAAGCUUCAGAGCAAGGAGAGGAUGAGUUUUGCCGAGAGAUGGAACUUCUUGGGAGACUGCAUCAUCGUCAUCUUGUGGCUCUAAGGGGCUUUUGUGUUGAAAAGCAUGAGAGAUUUCUGAUGUAUGAGUACAUGGAAAAUGGAAGCUUAAAGAAUCAUCUUCAUUCUCCUGGGAGAACUCCAUUGAGUUGGCAAACAAGAAUCCAGAUUGCCAUUGAUGUGGCUAACGCUCUGGAAUACCUACAUUUUUAUUGUGAUCCUCCUCUCUGUCACAGAGAUAUAAACUCCAGCAAUAUUUUACUGGAUGACAACUUUGUGGCAAAGGUUGCAGAUUUUGGCCUUGCGCAUGCUUCAAAAAGCAGUACAGUUAGCUUUGAACCAGUGAACACUGAUAUCCGGGGAACUCCAGGUUAUAUGGAUCCUGAAUAUAUGGUGACUCGGGAGCUGACCGAGAAGAGUGAUGUGUACAGUUAUGGUGUGCUGUUGCUGGAGCUAGUCACGGCAAGGCGAGCGAUCCAAGAUAGUAGGAAUCUGGUGGAAUGGUCCCAGGUUUUCAUGGCAACCGAAUUGAGGCUACCUGAACUUGUAGAUCCUGCCAUAGGGGACUCCUUUGACUCGGAGCAGCUUCAAACAAUUGUGACAAUUGUGAGAUGGUGCACUCAAAGAGAAGGAAGGGCAAGGCCAUCGAUCAAACAGGUUUUGAGGCUGCUCUAUGAGACUUCAGAUCCAAUGCAUAGUGGUUUCAUACAGGCUAUGCAAGAUGAAGAUUAUGAUGGCACUGAAGUUAUGGCAAGGAAUAGCAAGGGGAAGGUUCAAAGGGGUGAGUUGAUCUUUCACAGUGGGGACGCAAGGUAUCUUCCUUCAUCUUCAAGUACAUCUAGGUCCUACUGCAGCCGGAGCUUUUUACUCGAAACUGGCUCACCGCAAUCUCCUCCUGGAAUUUUCUCUGUUUGAACAUUGAGAGAGAGAGAGAGAGAGAGAGAGAGAGAGAGAGAGAGAGAGAGA